AUGGUUUUUUUUCGUUGUUUGUGUUCUCCUUUAAGGAAGGUAAUUGAAGGAAUGUUAAUGAAAAUGUGGAAGGAGUCACUGGGAUUAAUUGUGGGUGUGUCUUUGGCUCUUGCAACUACUGCAGGAGGAACCAUCGUUAAUGAAGAGGAGUUCAAAACGUUAUGUGGAUUUGUUAGUUUAACACAACGAAUAAACUCGUCACUACAGUUGAAAGGAAAGUCGGCAGUAAAUGUGGCUUCUCUACAGAAAAAGGUUAAUGAUAUAUUGUUUGGGGCAAAUGCUGAAAAUGUGAAUGAAAUCGGAUGGAAACGAUACAGAGAAAUGGACUGCGGACAGGACAGUGGUGGACGAGUUUCCUUAGCAGGAGAGGCACUUGUAAAAGAUCUUAUUUGUUUGUGCGAAGGAAGAGACGGAACGUCACCACCCGGAGACCUCUGUUACACUGGAAACAAGGAACGAUAUAUUUCUCAAACAUGGAGAAGCUCAAGCAACCACAAAAAUACAUGGAGCGAACUACAAAAUAAGUGCGAAAGUGGACGUAUUGGUGUUCCACCAACGAGGACUGAGUUUCAAGAUAAGAGAAAACGCCUCGAGACGGGCAUAAAAAAACGCAAAGGCUCAAGUGGGCGCAGGUACUACACCUACGGAGGGAACGAAGUUAGCGAGCCAAAUGUCUGCGAUGGACAGGAAACACAAACCAAUGGCAUUUGUGUGAUGUAUCCGAAGAGACCCAAUCAAGACAGUACAAGAGGCAUCAAAUGGCUCAGUGAGCUCGAGGACCUGGUGGAGAGGGUCGAAGAAAUGAGCAAAAAUGCAAUCACAGACGCCGACACAGCGGCUACUACAACCACAAGCACAGAGACAGACACUAACACAAAUACACGGACGAAGCGAAGCCCAAGGGAAAACUCACCAACCAAGGGAUCAGGCGAACCACAAAAAAAUGGAAAUACAAAUACACAAACAACUACAAGCGCCACAGCUACAGAAACCACUGGAACUACGACAAGACCACCAGAAGAACAAAGGAGUUUCGCCGAAAUAAAUUCGCGGUCUCCAUGGAUAUUCUUAUUUUUGUUGCUUUAUAAGCCAUUCCAUCAUUAA